AAAAAAAAAAAUCUAAAAAGAAAAAAAGAAAACAACUAUAGCAUCAUGAAACUACCCAAACAUAAGUAUCUAGAGUAGAUCACAACAGUUACCGGUCGCUAUAACCAUCAAUUCAUGAAAACAUUAAAAUAACAUUUUUUUGGCCUUUUUGGCAUUGUGUCACAAAUUCCCAUUAAAAAAAAAAAACUCAAAAACUUGUACGGUACUAAGCGAAAAAGGAAUUUUUUUUCUUCAUGAUGAUGGAAUCAAUGCAUUUUUUCCCUGUAUUGUUCUCAUUCUCCAUUUAUUCUAUUUUUUCUCCCCUUUUUCGCAAAAUUCCAUUUUGCUACACUUUGUAAUUUCUUUUCGAAAUGCAUAAUAACAAAGAGAGUUGGUUGACAAAUUUAGUAAUUCAAUCGGAUCCGGGUUGGGUUCGGAUUUCGAGUUUGACCCGUAACGAUCUGUGUUUGAAUUCGAUCGCGUUUAAUGAUGGAUUGUUUCUAGAACAUUCGGCAACGACAUCAUCCGUAUCGACUUUACAUUUUCGGAAAAAUCGACGUACAGGUAUCGGAUUGGAGGUUUCCGGCACCGGCGGGAAGUUUUUGUCGGUGACGGUAUCGAUUAACGGCGGAGGGAAUGAAGGAUUUGAGGAGGAUUCCGGUGAAACGGAGGCGUCGGAGACUGAAAUGCCGGUCUGUCGGCGGGAAGUUGAAAAGGUGGUAAAUGGUGGAAAUGCUGCUUUGAAUACUACUAAGCAUUUAUGGGCUGGAGCUGUUGCUGCUGCUGUUUCAAGAACUUUUGUUGCUCCUCUUGAGAGAUUAAAGAUGGAGUAUAUUGUUCGUGGUGAGCAAAAGCAUCUUUUGGAGCUCAUCAAAACCAUUGUAGCCACUCAAGGCAUCAAGGGAUUUUGGAAAGGAAAUUUUGUCAAUAUUCUACGCACAGCACCGUUUAAGGCUAUCAACUUCUAUUCGUAUGAAAAAUACAGGGAUCAUCUGCUUAAGUUAACUGGUAAUGAGGAGGCAACUAAUCUCGAAAGAUUUGUUGCUGGUGCAGCUGCAGGAAUUACAGCCACUGUGCUCUGCAUACCCAUGGAUACUAUUAGGACAGUAAUGGUAGCACCUGGGGGAGAAGCAUUGGGAGGCUUAAUCGGUGCUUUCAGCCACAUGAUUCGCACUGAGGGAUUCUUCUCUCUUUACAAGGGCCUAGUUCCUUCCAUCAUAAGCAUGGCACCUUCAGGUGCAGUUUUUUAUGGAGUUUAUGAUAUACUAAAAUCAGCUUAUUUGCAUUCACCAGAAGGGAGGAAACGACUUCAAAAUAUGAAACAAGGUGAAGAUCUAAAUGCAUUAGAUCAACUGGAAUUGGGUACAGCUAGAACUUUGAUAUAUGGAGCAAUUGCUGGUGCUUGUGCUGAAGCCGCUACAUACCCAUUUGAGGUUGUGAGGAGACAGCUUCAGAUGCAGGUCCGAGCCACCAAGAUGAGUGCAUUGGCAACUAGCUUGAAGAUAGUUGAGCAAGGUGGUAUUCCUGCGCUCUAUGCAGGAUUGACUCCCAGCUUAUUACAGGUUUUGCCAUCAGCUGCAAUAAGUUAUUUCGUUUAUGAGUUCAUGAAGAUUGUUCUGAAAGUAGAAUAAAUGAGAUAUGAUUGCUCAAAUCCAUUCAUGUCGAGGAGUGCUAUAAGUUGACGCUGACAAGUGGUGUACCAGUUAAUCUUAAGGGAAUUUAUGGCCUUUUUUGUUUGUGUAGCCUGAACACGGGAAUAAUGCAUCUCAUUUAGGAGGUAGUAAAGAAAUUUCAUGUAUGUUAGGCUUUUCCUUUGUAUCUUUUUAAAGGAUUGUAGCUUUUGUAUCUUUCUCCAUUUAGUUUUGAUGAAUUUUUGAAGUCUUUUCUA